GCUCUGACACGCUCGUGCUGCCAGUCAUAUGACUUCCAUUUCCUGGUCGAGCCGGCGGAGCGUCCUCUUCCCAAACACCGCACACCGAGCCUCCCAGACGGCUGUCCUCAUCCUCUCUCCGCUCCGAGGCUAAACCAGCAACCAUGUCCCGGAACGCUGCACUGGUUGUACUCAUCGCGGUUGGAGCCGUGUUCCAGCUGUCAUGUGGCACUCAGGUGAGCGUCGUUAAAGAUGACAAGUUGUGCCUCUUCGCCAAUCUGACGCUCCGCUUCUCCGUCUCCUAUGAAGUAACCGGCAACAAGAGUCAAACUGUUGCGUUUGAACUUCCUGAAAAAGUCACAUCAGAAGGAAGCACAUGCGACAGCGAGAAGUCGACCCUGAAGAUUAACUUCGGAGACGGACACUCGUUCAGCGUGAACUUCUCGGCGAGCAGCGGCAGCUACCAGGCAGACCUGAUCUCGUUCUCCUACAAUCUCAACGACUCCACCGUCUUCAAUAACUCGGUCUCAGAGGAAACAGCGACGGUGACGUUUGCGCUGCCAGUCACUCAGGUCGCCUUGGAUACCUGCUACUCCUGCAACAGCCGAGAAACGAUCCAGGGAGAAUCUGUCAACAUGACAUUCUGGAACGUGCUCAUCCAGGCGUUCAUCACCAAUGGCAGCAAGAGUGAAGACGUAACCUCCUGUCCCGCCGAUGAACCCACAGCCGCUCCUCCCACCCCGACUCCUGCCGGCAACGGAACCACUGCAGCGCCACCCACAAACGCCACGACCGUCGCCCCUACUCCUGCCGGCAACGGAACCACUGCAGCGCCACCCACAAACACCACGUCCGUCGCCCCUCCCACCACCCCAACGCCCCCCCUGCCCACCCCCAAGACCGGGAAUUACUCCGUCAAAGCCCCCAACCAGACCGAAGCCUGCCUGCUGGCCAAGUUCGGUCUGCGGAUCGGUUACAAGCAAGGAGACAAAUUCGAGGAGAUGAACUUUGAACCCACCGGGGCCCAAAUGUCUGGAUCGUGCGGAGUCAACAGCAGCGAGCUCAUGUUGGAGUCCGGCCCAGUGACCUUGGUGUUCACCUUCAUCAAUGAUACAAAGAAAUUCCGCCUCCACACUUUGAAUGUCACCGUAAAGACAAGCUCUGGUAGCGUGUUGUCCGAGGGCAACGCCAGCCUGAGCCUGUGGGAGGCGGCUCUGGGAAGCUCCUACAUGUGCAACAAGGAGCAGAACUUCACCAUUUCCGAGGAGUUCCAUCUCUCCACCUUCGAGGUGCAGGUGCAGCCGUUCGGCGUCAAGAAGGGACUGUUCAGCACAGCCCAUGAAUGUUCAUUGGAUGACACCAGCAUCUUAGUCCCAAUCAUUGUUGGCGCUGCUCUGGCUGGCUUGAUUCUCAUUGUAGUGAUCGCUUACGUGAUUGGUCGAAGAAAGACUUAUGUUGGAUAUCAGACCCUUUAAAUCCCGUUUUUGCAGUCGACGUGGAAAUGUUGUGGGGCUCUCAAGUCUGGUCCUUGGCCUUCGUGGACAGUAUCUUUAUUGGCUUUUCUUAGUUAAAGGAAUAAAUAAAACAAAGCUGUUGGAUAAUUAGAUUUUUCCGUCUGUUGAUGCUAAAUUAAUUGAUCACUAGGCGACGUCGAUGGUCUCGGAUCAGCAAAUACUUUUGAGAGAAAGGACCAGACUUGUUUCCACCCUCCCCCCCCUGUGUGUUUGUGUUCAUUUUUUUCUUGUUUUAUCUGGAUGUCUCGUCUUGUUUUGUGCUUUGUUGUUCAUGGGCAAGUGCAGGAUCCACAGCAGCCUCCAGGUCGAUGUGAGUGUAACACCAAUAAGACGUUGGAAACGUCUGACACACACACACAGCACACUGUGUGAGAUGAUUUGUUUGUUUCUGCUGGAUCCUGCACUUGCUCAGCAGACAUUCCCUUGAUUUUUUUUUUUUUUUUUUUUUUGUUCCUUUUGCCAUUAAUUUUUGUGCACAUUUCUGGUUUGACGUUUCAUCCCCACAAUUAUUCAGAUAAUCUUCACAGCAAUAUUUCUUCAUAAUUCAAAGCGACGGGGUCGAAAAGCUUUCUAUAUUUUUAGUGAUAAAAAAAAGUUGAAUGUUUUCUAUUUGUGAAGUUGUCUGAGGAAAUAAAUCAGCUUUAUAACAGCCUAUGUUUGCCCCUGUAGAGCAGGAGAAACAUUGGAUUUUUGUCCCGUUUAUGUGGCUCCAGUCUGACGUGAAACGAGACCGUGUUGUUUAACACACACGUUCCUGCCAGAGUGUUAAGUUUUUGUUUUGUUUUCUAAUUUUCCACAGAAGACAUUUGGCAUUAAAUGUAGAAAAGGGAUAGUAUAACUGUAGAUAUUUACUGAGUGGAGAAAACUCAAGGAUAUUUACAGCAAAAUGCACUAAGACACUCUUUACCUGUAGAGGGCGCUGUCAAGUUAAUCUCACCUGUGUGAAGGUCUGAGCUGCAUUAAGAUGGAGAAGUUCAGGAAAACAAGGUUCCUUUGCCUUCAUUUGUUUCUGGUUUGAACCACAAACGGAGGGAGCUUAAGAGAAAAGGUACAGCUGCUUAUCGGAGCCACAAGAAAAAAAAGAAAAUACAUUUUGAGGAGAGGCUUUAAAAUCAAGUUCCUGGAGUCUUUUGACGGACAUAAAUCGGUGAACCUGUGCCCCUUUCAGCGAAAGUAAAUCAAAACCGUUUCUGUUCCCUUUAAAGCUCAGCUGAUCUGUGGUUUUAUCAUAUUUGAAGUGGUUAAGUCAGAACAGGAAGUUGGUGGAAGCUGUAUAUUGUCGCUUGGCUCUCGCUCCAUGCAGCCUGCAGAUGUUGUGAAGUUGCUGUUAAACGUGGAGCUUGUGUAGGAGCUCUCAUCACUCCACAGCUUCGUGUUGAUUUGCUGGUGAUUGUCGCUGCCCUGUGUAUCUCAGCUUUGUAUAAAAUUCCGUUGCCUUCCUCCUGAGGAUGCUUUUGCAGCACCAGUUCUUUAACAAACCGUCUGACAGGCUUCGUCUCCACGACGAAGGAGUUCUCCAGGUUCAGCAACUCGCUGAUGACCGCUCGCUUUGGCUUGUUUAAAUCCUCCUCCGCUGGUGGAGAAAAUUGCACGUCCUCUUCCCCCCCCCCCCCCCUUUUUUUCAGCUAAAGGGAAUCUGUGCUGCAAAAUCAUCUCAGUUCAUGUGUCAUAUGAAAAACAAACGACUGCUGGUCUCAUCAUUAUCUCAUGCUGUUAGCUGUAAAAAAAAAAAACAAAAAAAACAUGGAUUUCACAUUGUGUGGAUGGAGCUUUUUUUAGAUUUGUAAGAUCUGUGGAAAUAAAGUUGCUGCUCUCUGA